CAGCAGCAGCAGCAGCCGCUGCAGGAAAAGCGGUCGGUCCACCACUGGAGCAGCAUCAGGAGUAGAGAAUUUUUGCCCACAGGAUGCGUAGCCGCACCGAGCUGGUGACCACCACGUUUGUGGAAAGCGACGAGGAGGACUUCAGUCCGGACGAUGACUCUGACUCGGAGGAGGACUGGCGGCCCACUAAAAAGCGUCCGACCAAAGCAGCUGGCUCUGAUGGCGGCGGCAGGAAGCGGAAAUCGGCGGCGGCCACGGCCUCAAAGGCCAAGCGCCGGAUGGCCAAGGUGAGCGACGAGGAUUCCGAGAAUGACGAUGACCUAGAAACAGAUCCUAGCGACGACGACUUUGACUAUCCAUCGGCCAGCACCUCCUCGAAGAGGCCGCAAAGCCUGCCGCCGAAAAAGCAGUUCGUCAAGCUAAGCCAGCUGGAUCUGUUGGUCAAGAAGUCCGAUCUCAUGGAAAAAGACUGGCUAAAGAACAAUCGUUUGUGUUUAUGGCGCAAGGAUGAUCAGACGACCCUCCUGCAGAAGUAUCUGCGGGUCAAGUCUGGAGCCGAGGAGGAAGAACUGCUUUUUACCUCUAGUUCAGUGUAUUCCAGUUGGGAUGAGCAGCAGACCAGCGAUUUCAUAGAGGUCAAAGUCAAUUGCUUGGAUCCCAAUAAUAGACGCAUUAAGCUACAGGAUCUAGAGGCCGUUAAGAAGAUCUCCGAAGAGCUGCAAUUGGAAAGAGAUACAAGCGCAGCAUCCGACAAAGAAGACGAUGCCGAGGAAGACGAGGACGAAAAGCCAAAUGAUGCUGAUUAAACUAUUAAAUAUACAAACCGAAUUAACAUUUUCCCUAGCAAUUAAAAACUAAACUAGUUGGCCAAGUUAGCGUUAG